ACACCAAGCCAGGGAGAAUGCUCUAAGUGGCAACUUAAGUGGCAGCGUGUACUUUGAAAUCCUCAGGCAGCCGGGCUGUCAUAGGGGAAUCUGACAAAAUAGCCCUUUCGGGUGGAUAGUCCUUUAGGGUUUUAUCUAAAGACUCCAUAGGAGCUGGGGAUGGAGAGGCAGCAGAGACUCCUGGCAGGGAAGGAUGAGUAUCAGUUUCAACACCAGGGAGCGGUGGAGCUGCUCGUCUUCAAUUUCCUGCUCAUCCUUACCAUUUUGACCAUCUGGUUAUUUAAAAAUCAUCGCUUUCGCUUCUUGCACGAGACGGGAGGAGCGAUGGUGUACGGCCUCAUUAUGGGAUUAAUCUUACGAUAUGCCACAGCACCAACUGAUAUUGAAAGUGGAACUGUGUAUGAUUGUGGGAAACUGGCCUUCAGUCCGUCAACUCUGCUGGUUAAUAUCACUGACCAGGUUUAUGAAUAUAAAUACAAGAGAGAAAUAAGCCAGCACAAUAUCAGUCCUCACCAAGGCAACGCUAUGCUUGAAAAGAUGACUUUCGAUCCAGAAAUCUUCUUCAAUGUUCUGCUGCCACCAAUCAUAUUUCAUGCAGGAUACAGCCUGAAGAAGAGACACUUUUUUCAGAACUUAGGAUCUAUUUUGACAUAUGCCUUCUUGGGAACAGCCAUCUCCUGCAUCGUCAUAGGGUUAAUUAUGUAUGGCUUUGUGAAAGCUAUGGUGAAUGCUGGCCAGUUGAAAAAUGGAGAUUUCCAUUUCACUGACUGUUUGUUUUUUGGUUCACUGAUGUCGGCUACAGAUCCAGUGACAGUGCUGGCCAUCUUCCAUGAACUGCAUGUUGACCCCGACCUGUACACACUCUUGUUUGGGGAGAGUGUGCUGAAUGAUGCAGUGGCCAUAGUGCUAACAUAUUCUAUAUCCAUUUACAGUCCCAAGGAGAAUCCCAAUGCCUUUGAUGCUGCUGCAUUCUUCCAGUCCGUGGGGAAUUUCCUGGGGAUCUUCGCAGGCUCAUUUGCAAUGGGGUCUGCGUAUGCUGUUGUCACAGCACUGUUGACCAAAUUCACCAAACUGUGUGAGUUCCCUCUGCUGGAAACAGGCCUGUUUUUCCUGCUGUCUUGGAGCGCCUUCCUGUCUGCCGAGGCCGCCGGCCUAACAGGGAUAGUGGCUGUUCUCUUCUGUGGAGUCACACAGGCACAUUAUACCUACAACAAUCUGUCGUUGGAUUCCAAAAUGAGGACCAAACAGUUGUUUGAAUUUAUGAACUUCUUGGCUGAGAACGUCAUCUUCUGUUAUAUGGGCCUAGCGCUGUUCACAUUCCAGAAUCACAUCUUUAAUGCUCUUUUCAUACUUGGAGCCUUCCUAGCAAUUUUUGUUGCCAGAGCCUGCAACAUAUAUCCCCUCUCCUUCCUCCUGAAUCUGGGCCGAAAGCACAAGGUCCCCUGGAACUUCCAGCACAUGAUGAUGUUUUCAGGUCUACGAGGAGCCAUCGCAUUUGCCUUAGCUAUUCGGGACACAGAAUCUCAGCCCAAACAGAUGAUGUUCACUACCACCUUGCUGCUUGUGUUCUUCACAGUCUGGGUGUUUGGAGGAGGGACGACCCCCAUGCUGACUUGGCUUCAGAUCAGAGUUGGUUUGGACCUGGAUGAAGAUCCAAAGGAAGAGCCCUCCUCACACCAGGAGGCAAAUAACCUGAAUAAAAGCACAACAAAAACGGAGAGUGCAUGGCUCUUCAGAAUGUGGUACACCUUCGACCAUAAAUAUCUGAAACCAAUUCUGACCCACUCUGGUCCUCCGCUGACCACAACGUUACCCGAAUGGUGUGGCCCGAUUUCCAGACUGCUCACCAGUCCUCAGGCCUAUGGGGACCAUCUAAAGGAGGAUGAUGUGGAAUGCAUUGUGAAUCAGGACGAGCUAGCCAUGAGUUACCAGGAGCAAUCCACCUUACCCUGCAAUCCUCCUGCCAGGCUGGGUCUGGACAAGAAAGCUUCACCCCAGACUCCAAACAAGGAAAAUAUUUAUGAGGGGGACCUUGGCCUAGGAGGCUAUGAACUCAAAGUUGAGCAAACUCCGGGUCAAUCCCAGGGGAAUUAAUGACCAUGAACAGUGCAAAUUAAUUACAAGGCAUGCAGGGCUCACUGAGGAAUACAAGCCAAGAUGAUGAGGCAGCACGGAAAAGAGACUGGAAAAUGUAUUAAGGUCGUAAAUUGGACAGAAUCAAACCCUUGUCAUAUGUAUCCUCUGGUGCCUGAAGAAAUGAGAAUUUAUUAUCAUUCCUCUAUAUUAUGCAACUGAAUUUCAGUUUUGACAGCAGCCAUUUUCAUUAAUGAAUCGGGCAGGUGGGGAGGGUGGAGCAGGCGGGAGUCAGGAGCCUCGCUGCUGUGAGGACAAAACACCGUGCUGCCUGCAGGUGUUUCUUCUCUGUGCGCAGCUGCCCAGGCCCUUCAUGUACACUCUGGAGUUUAUUCCCUUCAUUGGUGGAAGUUUAAAAAUGAGAAAAAGAGUUUCUGAGCAUAAACACAUCACUCCUAAACUGAAGGGAAUACCCAGUUAUUUAGUAAGUGAUAAGUUUUGUAUUUUUAGGACCUAGACUCCCGCUCGCUCUUAAUGACCCCAGGGCUAUUUGCAGUGCCCAGCUAAGUGCUUGAUACCACUGCUGAUUGCCUCACGGAACCCACCACGUGGGGACCCACUGUGCUCACGGGUGUCCUUUUCAUGCUGUUUCUCCUAUUGAACAAAGGGGCUGGUCACACCUGUGUAUACCCUGUGCUAGCGGCAGUCUGCUUUCCAGCUUGGUAGGACCUCAUUCACAGGAAGACCGGUUUCUUUUCCCCAUGUGAUGUGUCACCGGAAGAAUGAGCCUCUCUGUCCUUGCUUGCAUUUGAGUCACUUCUUGGGUCUUUAGUGAGCCCCUCUGCCUGGUGGGUAAUGAGGUUCCACAGCACAGACUGCUCUCCACAUGGCAGAAGGCAGCACAGAAGCCCCAACCUGUCCUUAGAUUCCGACACUCACAGCUGCUUAGCAGGAGCUCCAGUGAGAAGAAUAGGGCUGCUGAUGCACGGGCCACACCAAGCAGUAGAGGAGGUAGGUAGCAUCGGGACUCCCCUUUGUAAGACAUGGCUCCUGACCCAUGACAGAGACCAACACAAGAGCCUUUAAUUCAGCUGCAUGACCUGUGCCUUUGAGCUAUAAAUAUACCUCAAGCCUAGCUUUUCUUCAAAUACAGAUGUCAACAUUAGACUCCAAAUAGCUGGUUCCAGGUGCCCAGGCUACUGAGUCUUCUUCAGGGAGGUAAGAAUGUUGUCUUCCUCAGGCCCAGAACUUGGAAGUAACAUGUGCUUUGCUGACCAGUUGUCAGGCCUUAACCAUGAACUAUGGUGGAGUCAGACACACUGCUAUGCACGUCGAUUCUCUUGUUUCCCAUACCGUAGAAUCCAGGGGCAAAAACUGUUUUAUACUCAGCUAAGGAUAAAUCUGGUUAUUCCAGGUAAUUGUAGCAAAUGGUAAAGCAUGAAAUUUUCUAAUUUGACUUAAUCCUAAUAAAAGUUUGUUAUACAGUA